AUGGAACCAGGGAUCUCCAACCAGUCAUUCAUUUUCUCCUACACUGACUUUACUCUCUUGGGUUUCCCUGGGAUAUCUCGAUGGAGGCCCCUCCUGGCAAUCCCAUUCUUUUCCGUCUACUUAGUUAUCCUGAGUGGGAAUUCUCUCCUCAUCUGCCUCAUCUGCAUUAAGAAGACCCUCCAUUCCCCCAUGUAUUUACUCAUCUCUGUGCUCUUUGCCAUCAACAUCACCAGCAUUACCAUCACAUUGCCAAAAUUCCUCCUAGACUUGUUAUUCCAUCUCAACCAAAUUUCCCUGACUGGCUGUCUUCUGCAGAUGUUUUUUAUCUACUUUAUGAUGACCUGCGAGUCUGCUGUAACUGUAUUAAUGUCCUUAGACAGAUACGUAGCAAUCUGUAGGCCACUGCGUUAUCACAACAUCAUGACCAAAAGUUUAUUGGCCUGGCUGAUAGUCAUUAUAAUAAUUCGGAACUGCAUCCUUAUUUGUUGGGUGCUCCUAUUGAUCUCCGUGGUCCAGUUCUGCAGGUCAAACAUCAUCCUGAACUUUACAUGUGAAAACAUGGCACUUCUCAGUCUUGGAUGUGGAGACACCACCAAACCCCAGAUUGCUGGGCUGAUUGUGCGCAUCAUUGUCACCGUGACUGAUGGUAGCCUACUCCUGAUUUCCUACUCAACCAUACUCUACACAGCCAUGAAAACUGCCACUGGGAAGUCCCGUCACAAAGCUCUUAACACCUGUGGGACCCACUUGCUGGUAGCAGGGGUGGUCUAUGUGUGCGGAGUGCCAUCUUCCGUUGUGUGGAAUAUGGAAACAACCCUGUUAGCAGAUCUUAAGAAUCUAUUCACUGCACUAUACCUAAUAAUUCCAGCUGCCAUAGACCCCCUGAUAUAUGGACUGAGGGUGUCGGAGAUCAGAAAGAGCCUGGUAGAAUACUGGAGAGAAAAGAAGAACAACUUGUUCUCAUCAUAA